CCUGUUUAAAUUUGGAUAUUUUUUUUUACAUGUGCAUCCACCCGAGACUUUAGGUAUAAUUGAGACAUUAUAGCUAUUUCAAAACAGACGGAAUUUAUUUUUCGUUAAGCGUCUGUAAGGAAUUUUACUAAAGAAAAGGAAAGAUGGUUGAUUUAAGACUGAGGCUUUUUGCCGCGAUAUGCGUGCUGUAUCAAGUACACAGCUACCCAAAUUUUCGAGAAAGAAUUCCAAAUGGUUUCAACGUCACAAAUCCAUGCAACCCCGAUGGAAACUGGCUAGGUGUUGGUCAUGAAGCCAUAGGCGGCGGAGGAAAAAGGAAUCCUUUUGGACUAGAUUUUGCAGGUCAAGGUUACACAUGGACAGACACAUUAUGUAGGAAAGAUUCGGAUGGCGAUGGCAGAACCAAUGGGGAGGAGCUAGGGGAUCCAAGCUGUGUUUGGAAAGAAGGCUCAGUUCCUCAAAGAGGUUCUGAUAUUUCCCAUCCAGGUAUCUGUGAGCCUGUCGGGAGUGAACAAUGCAAGGGUAAAAACACCUUCCUAGAAACGUGCUCGGAUAUGGACUUUAAAUGCGAUGGGAUCGACAAUGACGCUGAUAGUUUCUCUGUCGAUGUACUACUCUCAAGUUCCCCAGUUCCCGCAAAAGAGACAACUUAUAUGUGUCAAGCAAUUGACCUGAAGGAUGUUGGGGUCAAUAUGGAAAUGGACUACCAUCUGGUCGCUACGAAAGGCUACGUUGACACCUUGGAACUUUUACAUCACGUGGUGAUUUACGGAUGCAGGGACGAUGCAAAUAUCGAAGAAAAGCAACGGUCACCCACGGAAUGUUUCAUGAGUAGAAUCGAAGGCUGUGAGAACCUGAUAGGAAUCUGGACUGUCGGAACAACUGGUUUCUGUUACCAAGAGAAUGCAGGCUUUAGGCUUGGCAAAAAUGGCUUCAAGACGGUUGUUUUAGAGCUACACUGGAAUAACGUAGAGGAGAAGAGCACAUUCGUUGACAGCUCAGGAAUAUCACUUUACCUCACACCAAAUUUAAGGUCUAACGAUGCUGGUAUGUUUUUGAUUGGACAAAUGGACAUGAAUAUACCGCCAUACACGGCCCGCCACACCGAGGAGGGGACGUGCAGCUCUAAAUGCACGGAAAAGCUUAUGUCGGGCAAUAUCAAUAUCGUCGGAGCUAUGAAUCAUAUGCAUGGGCUAGGUGCUGCGGCAACUUCAAACAUGGUGUCUGGAGACGGGAAAGUAACUACUAUCUCGCAUGAGGAAACUUACGACUAUAAUUCACCAAAGUUUGUCGUUUUCGAGGACCCAUUGGUGAUGGAACCAGGUUAUAGCCUCGAGGUAAAAUGUCAUUUUGAUUCCUCAUCGAGAGGGGAGACAACUCGCUACGGGGAGGCUACUUCUGAAGAGAUGUGUUUCACCUUCAUAAUGUAUUACCCGGCGAAAAACUGGGAGCAGGGAGAGGAUUGCAUUUCAUACGGGGAUAUCGACCAAUGCGCAGACGAUUGCGAUUAUGAAUCUUUAGGGAACCAGUCACACCCAGACACUAUGAGAAGAAACGUCUUACUGUUGACACAUUGUGAGCCGGGACAUUGUAAGGAAGGGUGCAUCGACGUUGUCCGUGAGAUUUUCAAAGAGCCAUGUUUUCAGGGGGUUCAUCUCAAGAAUAUAAAGACCUCAAUGAAUGCUGAAGACCCUGGAACCAAACUUGCGAUCAUGGACUACUUUUACCGGCUAGACUCGUGCAACGCGGAACUCGCAUGGGAGGAGUGCAGAAAAUGGUCCGAUGACGAUCCCCCUGUGGUGGGCGGGGCUUCCAGAAAUAACAUCGCAUUGUCCGCCUUCAUGUGCAUUUUCACAAUUUUGAAAUCUAUAAUGUAGCAUCAUAUUCAGAGACACUGUUUGAGUUUUUAAACCACAGGGUGGGAACUGUUACGCGGUAAAUAGAGUUCUUCUGGUAGGUUAACCUCUGACAACAGUGGCGCAGUUUGUGAAUAAAAUCAACGGUUUUCUAUUAAUAAUAUAUAGUGCCCGAGUAGAAAAAAUGUCGUCAUAUGUGAUAAUUAUAAAUCAAUAAUAUAAUUGUUUAUAUUUAACAUGAAAGAAUGAAGUGUAAAAUCAAAUUUAAAUGAUUAAGUUUGCCGAAUGUUAUGGGCCGGAAAAUACAAUAUGUUGAUUUAUUAAUCAGUGCCACCUCUUCACAAUUAGAUAAGGUCAAAUAUGUCAAAAUUCAAUUGCUAAUUUUGUUAUGCGGUAAGAUUGGUUAGUAUAUGUAUUCUUACGUAACAGUUCCCAUACCACGUGUUAACCACGAUACCACGUGUAAACCACGUGACGUGAAAUGUCAUUGUAGUUUUUUAUCUUCAUACUAUAAACUGACUGAGUUAUCCAAGAAAGCUAAAUUAAGUUUGCAUCCAUGACUUGCAUAUUAUUUAACCCCAUUCCCCAAUUAACAUAUCAUUGAACGCAUUCAUCUUUUAAUCUUGGCAAAACCAUUCGUCAUAUUAAGGUUUGGUGGAAGAUUUAGAAUAUGUACCUACGGAAAAGCCGACAGUACUGGGAUCAUAAUUAGUCGGCGCAGACGUGCUUGCUGAUCUUGGUCUGCACUGAUCGUAUAGGUAGAAUCAGUUACCGCUAGUGGGCUAUGAUUACAAUUGUUGAGCAAAAGUUAGUGUACUGUUGCGUGUUAUAGACCAAACUUUGCACAUAAAAAUCAUGCUUAGCUAUUUUCUUUUGUAAUAAACUAUUCUUGUAACCCUUAA